CUGUUCUCACCUGGUGGUAUCAAUGACAAAGGGCAGUUAUUGCGUAGUGGAAUGAAUACAGACACAGUUAACCUAUUUAGCAAAAUUAAAUUAAAAUUUUCGUACUUUUCAUUAUAUUACGAUGGCUGAAAUAUCUGAGGUGCAAAGUAAAGAUAUUGGACAAGCAGUAAUAACAGAACAAGAACGUGAAUUAGCCCAAAACGCAUUAUUCGAAUUUCAGAAAGGUUCAUAUACAUCUUGUUUAAAUUAUUUGAAUAAAUUGGAAACUCUCAGGCCAAAGGAUCUUAAAGUAAUGCAUAAUAAAGUUGUAGUAGAAUAUUAUAAAAGUGAUUUGAAAAAGACAGAAUUGAUGAGAAAAAGUUUAAAUGCAAUAUGUGGACAAAUGUCUACGACAGAUUUGGGUGAUGCUAUAGAUGAUGUUGAAAAAUGUGUAAUGAGAUAUAAUCAAGCAGUUUUAUUAUAUCAUACGGGACAAUAUACUGCAGCAUUACAAAUAAUGAAUAGAUUAUUUGCUUAUAUUGAACCAAUGGAAGAAAAUUUGGCACAUAAAGUUUGUUUACUUUUAAUUGAAUUACAUAUAAUAACUGAGCAACCUGAUGCAGCAUUAUCGUUAAUAAAUUAUAUAGAAAGUCAAUUCAUUUCAAUGGAUAAUUCUAAGAUUGCAUCAGUAGAUAAAGAAGGGGUAAUGAAAGUUGUAAAAGAACAGAAAGAACAGAAGAAAGAUAAUAAUGAUACAGUUACAGAUUUAUUUAAAAUGAAAUUAUUAAAAUGCAAAGCUAGAAUAUACCUUUUAACACACCAAUUAAAAUUAUGUAAACGAGAAUGGAAGACAUUAGUUUCUUUAGGAACUCCAAUAAAUAUAUCAACAUUAUGUUUGAAAGCAAAUUUGGAAUACUUAAAAGGAAAUUAUAAAAAGGCUAUUAAGCUUUUAAAUUCACUCACAACAGAUAAUUUAGAUUUCAAAUCUUGUGGAAAAUUUUCUGCAGUCUUAUAUUACAAUAACAUGGCAUGUAUACAUCUUGCCAUGGGUAAACCAAAUUUAGCAUGUUUUUAUUUACAAAAGGCUUUACAAGAAAAUAAAAAUGCUGUAGAAAGUGUGCAAAUAAAAGAUACUGAUCCUUUAUCUUCACAACCAUUGUAUACACUUGGUGGAAAUAAACAUUAUGAAUUAAUGUACAGUCUGGGUAUAUCAUAUUUACAUGCUGGUCAAGCAUCAAAAGCUUUUGACUGUUUUACUGAGGCUGCACAGAGAUUACAUAAUAGUCCUAAACUCUGGUUAAGGAUGGCUGAAUGUUGUAUUUAUUGUCAUAAACCAACGAAUGAGGUUGAUUUUAAUAUACCUAAACGGCGUAAAGAUUUAGUUCAGAAAGUAAUAGGUUCUGGAAUGCAUAGAAAGAUAGUCUUAACAUCAUCACUUUCAAAAGAUACAAAAUAUCAUACAGAAGGUUUAUCUUAUGCCAUACCACAGCCUACUUUAGAAUUUGCAUUAUUAUGCUUGAAGAAUGCUUUAUUUUUAUUACCUAAUAAUAGCGAAUUAAAUUUAUCUAUGACAACAAUUACAAAUCCUCAAACUGUUUCAUUAGCAUUGACACCUGGACAUAAUUUGAAUAAUCAGAACUCCACCUUGAUAUCUCAAGCAAUGACUAUAGAGGCAUUGAAUUUAAAGAUCAAUGUCUUGGCUGCAAGUGCAUAUGUAUCUUUAUGUCUUGGAGAUUAUAUUGUUGCAUUAGAACAUGCUAAAGCAUUAUUAAAUCUCAAUAAAGUGCCUGGAGCAUAUAGAAUGCUUGGUAAUUUGUAUGCUGCUGAAAGUUUGAUUUUCAUGGAUAAAAUUAAUGAAGCAAUCGAGUAUUUGAAGCCAGAAAAUAUACAAGAUUUAAAUACUUUUGUUUCUAUUCCUGAAAUUCAGGAUAAGGAUAAAGAAAAAAUUGAAGAAGUAGUUUUGAAACCUAUGAAAGCAUGGUAUCCAACAACUGUUCCUACAGGUGUUGCAGUUCUUCGUUAUAACUUAGCAGUUGCUUAUGCUAUACGUGGUGAACUUGAUAAAUCUGGUGAAACAUUAAAACAGGUAUGGUUGUCAAAAGGUGCAGACUGUGAUGUACCUAUACAUGUAAUAAUGUUAGCAUUAUAUAUAGAAUUACAACUUGGUCAUGCAGAUAUUUCGAAAUCGAUAAUAAAACAACAUUGUCCUCAGUAUCGUUAGUCAUUUUUUUAUUUGUACUUUAUAUAAUGUCAUUUGUAAUCAUCACUGUAUUAUGCGUAUCAAUAUGUAUAUAGAAAUGGAAAAUAUGGUAACGACGAUCAUUUUUUGUAUUUUUUACCAUUCAUAUAUUUGUGCCAAUUGUAUCAUAUUUUUAUGAUAUGUUCCAGAUUACAUUUUAUUGUAUAUAUGCGAUAAUUGCAAUUUUUGGAUCUAUGUUAAAGGAUAAACAUAAAGAAAGUAAUCAAGAUUCCAAUUAUUCAGAUAUAUAUAGAUGUGUAUAUAUAUGGGCAUUUAUAUACAGUUAUGUACUUUUGUAAAAAUAAUUCUUAGAUUAAUAUUUGGUUGAACAGAUUUAUUAGUUCAGCUUUCAACAAAUGCUUCGGCUUUCUAUUUAAUGUAAUUACAAAAAUUUGUUAUACUUGAUAUAAUUAAAAGAUAAAUUUACUAUAAUUAUAUUUAAAUCUGUAUAAAUCAUGUGUUGAAAUAUACUUUUUUUUAGUCAAA